AUGGCCACCCUCGGAUCUCUGGUGAAGCCCAAGGUCAUUAAAAAGAGGACCAAGAAAUUCAUCCGGCACCAGUCAGACAGAUAUGUCAAAAUUAAGCGUGACUGGCAGAAACCCAGAAGCACUGGCAAUAGGGAGCACAGAAGAUUCAAGGGCCAGAUCUUGACUCCUAACAUUUGUUACGGGAACAACCAGAAAACAAAGCACAUGGUGCCCAGUGGCUUCCGGAAGUUCCUCGUUCACAGUGUCAAGGAGCUGGAAGUGCUGCUGACGUGCAACAACUCUCACUGUGCAGAGAUUGCUCAGAGUGUCUCCUCCAAGAACCACAAAGCCGUUGUGGAAAGAGCAGCUCAGCUGGCCAUCAAGAGUCACCAAUUCCAAUGCCAGGCUGUGCGGCGAAGAAAAUGA